AUGAUACAGAAAACAAUGGAAAUCAAUGCCAUGGCACAUUUUUGGACGGUAAAAGCAUUCCUUCCUGAUAUGAUUAAAGUAAACCAUGGGCAUGUGGUGACUAUUGCAAGUGCAGCUGGAGUUUUAGGAGUGAAUGGAUUGGCUGACUACUGCGCUAGCAAAUUUGCAGCCGUUGGCUUUGAUGAAUCAUUACGCUUCGAACUGGAAGUUCUCGGGAAGGACCAAGUGCACACAACAGUUGUCUGUCCCUUCUAUAUCAGCACAGGAAUGUUUGAGGGCGUAAAAGUUAGAUUUCCUUCCUUGUUGCCAGUUCUACAACCGGAGUAUGUAGCAGAAAAAAUUAUGGAUGCAAUCCGUUGCAAUCGACAAGUUUUAUAUCUUCCACGCUUACUCUACCUUAUCUUAGGCUUGAAAGCGUACCUACCAACCAAAUGUUUGGCCGUAAUCUGCAAUUUCUUUGGUGCCAGUAAUCUUAUGGACUCUUUUGUGGGAAGGCAAAAAGAAGAAUGA